AUGCCCCCACCUUCACCCCCAGAAGCAGAUGACACGGAUAGCGAUGUGGAACUGGACGGCCACCGCCAAGAAGAAGAAGACCAAGAUCUCGAUGGUAACGAUGAUGACGAAACACUCGGCGACGACCUAGCAGGGCUCGCAGGCGAAGAGGAAGACGAAGAGGAGGAAGGCGACGAAGAACUAGAUGACGAAGAGGGUGAUGGUUUUGGUUCGCCAAACCACGCCGGCGACACUCCAUUACCCAAUCUCGAUCCUCCACCACCAUACCUCCGGGAAAUAUCUACCUUGGCUUCCUGGACCGUUUCGUCUUCUAAACCGGGUUGUUCGAUACCUCAGCUUCGGCAUCCAAAUACGAAUCUAUUUUGGCAAUCCGAUGGUCCGCAGCCACACUACCUCAAUAUACACUUCUUCAAGCUCGUUCGUAUAGUUGGUCUUAGACUGUACCUAGACUUUGAACAAGAUGAGAGCUAUACGCCGACUAAGAUCAUUUUCUUAGCAGGCAGCGGUUUGAACGAUCUCCAGGAGUGGGGCGAAAUGAGAUUGGAGAGCCCGAGAGGAUGGAUAUGGGCGGACUUUUCCGGUUUGCCAGUUUUGCGCGCUCAUCUCGUGCAGAUCAAGAUAUUAGAGAAUCAUCAGAACGGUAAGGAUACGCAUUUAAGGGGCUUGCAGAUAUUCGCUAGGAACGACGAGGAUGGGUAUAAAGCAGGAGGACAUGGUGCGAGCAGUAAUGUCACGAAGGGAGUCACGAGUGGAGCACAAGGAAUGGAGCUGUUGAAGAGGGAAAAGAAAGAAAAGAAAAGGAGAGAGGAAGUGUUGGAGUUGGGUGGUGGCAUCAUGGGUAUGGGUUUGGGGAGUGAGGGGGUUCUUCGUUAA